AUGGAAACAAUAAAACCAAAAUCAGCAAUGAACAACCGAAGCAAGAAAUUCGCCAAAACAUUCCAGAAGGUGAUCAGUCUCAAAAGCGCAACGAAAAUCGCAUCAAACAAUGGAAUUUGCAUGCUCAACUCAAAUCUCAAAGUGAAAGAAGAUCAAGAACCUUUCUCAGAUCAUCACAUCAAUACCAAUGGCAACCACACCAACAAGAACACGAACACGAACAAGAACAAGAACAAGGUCAGAAACAAAGCAGUUAUGGAAGCUCUAAUUGCGAGGCUUUUCGCAGGAGUUACCACGAUCAAAGCAGCGUAUGCAGAGCUUCAAAUGGCUCAACAUCCAUACAACAAUGAUUCAAUUCAAGCAGCGGAUCAAGCCGUGGUGGUAGAACUAAGAUCCAUCUCAGAAUUGAAAAGAAGGUUCUUGAAAAAAGAGCUUGAUCUUUCACCUCAAGUUACAAUAAUGCUUGCAGAGAUUCAAGAACAACAAAGCAUAAUGAAAACAUACGAAAUCACCAUCAAGAAGAUUCAAGGAGAGGUUGACGCUAGAGACUCUCAAAUUUCAUCUCUUCGGAAAAAACUCUAUGAAUGCAAUUCAUUCAACAAAUCACUUGAGAAAAAGCUUAACUCAAAUGCUUCUAUGUCACUCUUUGUUAACCUUGAACUUUCAUCGUUGAAUCAGACACACUUUGUUUAUUUUCUUCACCAUACCUUGAGAUCAAUACGCAGUUUUGUGAAACUUAUGAUCGAAGAAAUGGAGUCAGCAAACUGGGACGUUGAAGCUGCUGUUAAAUUCAUUCAUCCAAAAGCGGUUUUCAGUAAACCAAGUCAUCGUUGUUUCGCUUUUGAAUCAUUUAUAUGCAUUACAAUGUUCGAAGGCUUCGUUUCUUCAAAUGAACCUCUUCACAAUACUCAUCAGAAUCAUUACUUUGAGAAAUUCAACAACCUGAAAUCUCUGAAUACAAAACAAUACUUGGAAAACAAUCCAAACUCGUCUUUCGCCAAGUUUCUAAAAUCCAAAUAUCUUCAACUCGUUCACGCUAAAAUGGAGUGUUCUUUAUUCGGAAACUUGAACCAGAGAAAGCUAGUGAACUCUGGAGAAUUUCCACAUUCUUCUUUUUUCAUAGCUUUUGCUGAGAUGGCAAAGCGCGUUUGGACUCUGCAUUACUUAGCAUUGUCAUUUCAAGAAACUGUCACCAUUUUUCAGGUCAAGAAGAAUACUAGAUUCUCUGAGGUUUACAUGGAAAGUAUCACAGAAGAAUCAGUUUCAAUUUCAACUACCUCGUGUUCAAGGGAUUCUACUGAUUCUAACUCCGGCGAACUUCGGGUGGUUUUCACGGUGGUGCCGGGUUUCAAAAUUGGUAAGACAGUGAUCCAGAGUCAGGUUUACCUAUCUCUUCUGGAUUCUUCUGCAAAUUCAUCUAGAAAUUAG